AUGAAUAACGAAUUGCAAACCACUAAUAGAAAUAGUGCUCAGAUCAAUUAUUAUCUGCCAGUACUAUCUACACCGUCAUUAGCAGAAAAUAUUGUAGCAGCAGCAUCAGGUACUCAGGGUCAAUCGCAGGUACCAAAUUUAAGUCAAUUACCACAACAAUUACCCCAACCAUUUAAAAAGAAUAGUACUAGUACAAUUAGUACCACUACUAGUAACGAAAUGGAUCGUGAAAAUAGACAUUCUCGAGAUUUAAUGGAUAGAAGAAUUCCAACUCGAGAUCCGGAAUUCUUGCAAUCAACUACUACUAGCAAUUCAACUACUCCAUCAAAUCGUGAUCCAAAUGGUUAUCGAUCCGCUAGUGAAUCAAGAGGAAAGAGAUUUUCUCGAGUUAAUUCAGAUUUACUUCAAACUGCUUUAAAUCAGAAUUUUAUACUAACGAAAUCAAACUCAACUCAUAGUUUAUUAAAUCAACAUGAUUCAAAGAAUAUACCGAUGAAUCCUCAAGAUUUACAAUUACAAAUGCAACUACAAAUACAACAACAACAGCAACAACAACAGCAGUUACUGAACCGUCCUCAUAUAAAACGAUGGAAUUCAUAUAAUAUCGCUCGAACUAAAUUCGAUCUCACUAAUACUAAUGAUAACGAUAAUGAAAAAUUAAACCUUGACUUACCACCACAAGUACAAGUACAACCACAGCCACAACAUCAACAUCUUCCUCAUCAACAGCUGAAUCUUCAUCCUCUUCCCUCUGAACAGCAAGAAAAAAGCAGCAUCUCGCCAUUAACCGUCUUAAAAGAUGAAUAUAAUACUAAACGACCAGUCAUAACAACUUCUUCUUCAACCCUUUUUAAUACCGAUAAUUCAUUUCAAAAUUUAGUUGAUAAAUCAGAUAAUGUUCUUGAUUCUCAAAUCAAUCCUCAAAAUGCAUCACCUUCCAAAUCUAAUAAAUUAUAUCAAAAAAUAAAUCAUAUCAUAAGUAUAGCUCAUGAUAGUAUGCAUUCAUUAGUACCGAUGCUAUCUAUAAAAGAUGGUGUUGUCGAAGAAGUUGAAGGUGAAAAUACUGUUGCAACCACCGUGAAUAGUCGAAUGGCAAAUUAUCAAAGUGAACUGGAUGAUGGAUCAGAUGAUGAUGAUACUACUAUCAAUAAUAUUCAUCAUAAUCAUAAUGGUAAUGAUCUAGUGGAUGAAUCACUUCAAAAUAACGAUACUCAAUAUAGAUUGGAUCUGUGGAAAUCACCUAUCAUGGAAGAAAAUCUCAUCAUGGAUCCUCAUGAUGUUAAUGAAAUCAUUGAAGAGAUUAAUGAUUUUCAAAAUAAUUUUGUAUAUAAAUAUAAUACUAGUAAUCCAAAUCCUGAUACAAAUCCUGAAACUAAUGAAAGAAUCAAUAGAACUCAACAAAAGUUAUUGGAUUAUAAAGAAUUAUAUUCUACUGAUGAAUUCAUUAAUCGGGCUUCCAAUUCUUCAACUUCAUCAUCAGCAUCAUUAGCAGCUUUAAAUAUUGAAAAUUCUUAUGAUUUGAAAAUCCAAAAUGAAACAAUCUUAACUCAAUAUAAUUCCAUUAGAUUAAGAUUCCCUACUAAGAUAGUUAGUUCAGGUAAAUCUAAAUCAUCCACUGCAACUACCACAGCAACCACAGGCGUAUUGGGAUAUUUGAAUCGAUAUAAACCAAUGAUAUCCAAUCCAAAGAAUUCAAAACAACUAGACAAGGAUAACAAAAUUUCCUUUGAUGAUAAAGAUGAUAUAUUGAGAAAUAUUUGGGAAAAUGAAUCAAGGAGUUUCUUUCAAAGUGAAUCUUCAAAUAGUGUUAAAUUAAUGUAA